AUGCCGGCUCCAUCUACCGCACUGGAUGCUGGCAGCUAUUUUACCUCAAAUGGUUAUGUAUCGAGUCCCUCGAUUUAUUCGUAUACCAUUGAAAAUCAAUUACCGCAAAUCAAUCAAACACAACGUGAAGUGCCAUCAUAUUAUCAAGCGGCAAACGGAAAUAAUAAUCGGAACUUAUAUUAUACAUCAGAAUCCUCUUCAAAUAAUAAUCGGGAUACUAAUUCACAAUCUACACCGCUAUUGGGUUCAGCACCCACUCAGCCGGCACCAAUAAGCGAUUGCACUGUCGACCGUUUGGCGGUCUAUAAAGUCGUCUUACACACCUAUUGGACUAGGGAAUUGUUUCCCAAACAUUAUCCAGAUUGGCGGCCCACAGCACAAUGGACUAAGACAAUAGGACGUACACAUGACGCCAAAUAUGCUCUAUAUCACAUCGGCCAACAGGCAACAUCCGGUGUUAAACAAUUUGCCGAAACGGGUAAAAGUGAAAUAUUGGACACACAAUUAGGCGAACAGCAACAACUGCAAAUGCAACAACAAAAACAACAAUCACAGAAAUCUACAUCAUCUAGCACGACAUCCUCAUCGUCCUCGUCCGCAUCGACGUCUACAACAACACGCAACAAUCAUAAUACGCCGACAGCUGUUCCGACCGGCGAACGUAACAUUUUCGAUGAAUUCAAUUUGCCGGCCAUUAACCAGGGUGCGGGUCGCAGCGAGGCAAAAUUCUUUGUCGAUAGCAAUCACAGUUUGGUGUCAUUAAUGACACGCAUCGUACCAUCGCCGGAUUGGUUUAUAGGGGUCGAUUCAUUUCAGCUCUGUGUUGGUGGCUCCUGGAUCGACACUGUCACCGUGGAAAUGGACCCCUUGGAUGCUGGCACCGAUAAUGGCUUCACCUUCACCGCUCCCAAUUGGCCAACAUCGCCGCAGGGUGUUAUCUAUCGUAUAACAUCACGUUAUCCCGCACAUCCGGCGGGUAGUUUUUUCUAUCCGAAAAGUAAACGUUUGCCGCCCAUGGCGACAUUUCAAUUUAUAAAG